AUGGCGUCUCCUCGAUAUAUCCAAGCCAUAGCCGACCAAGUUGUCCACGUCACAUCUACGGUUGACCCUGGUACUAGGUUACCAAUAGUGGUAAUCGAUUCUACCGAACUACCAGCACCUUCAUCCGAGGUUUACUCACUGCUUGUACCAGCGAUAAUGGCCAAGCUGCCAAGUACAAAUUAUGCUCUUCUAUUCUUUGCUUGUGGUGCACCAAACAAGCCGAGCUGGUCAUGGGUAGCCAAAGCGUACUCAAUGCUCGAUCAUGACUUCAAGAAACGGGUGAAGAAGGUUUAUGUUGUACACGAAAGUUGGUGGGUUCGAGCUAUUACAGAAAUGCUUCGUGGGGUUGUUUCAACCAAAUUCAAAAAGAAAGUGGUUCAUGUCUCUAGUUUGAGUCAAUUGGCCCAGCUUUUGGAUAUUACUGUCAUCGAUAUCAAACCAAAGGUAUAUCUGCAUAACAGAAAAAUUGAAUCUGAGAUCACUAUUCCGCGACAUCCCAUGCCAGUAUUUGGAAUGCCUUUAUAUCUUGGCGAUGAGGACGCGGAAAUCGUUCUACCCAGAGUCUGGACAGAAGGCAUUGAAUAUCUUCAUAAGACAGGAUACUCAAUCAAAGACCUGUUCAAGAGACCAGAACAUUCUACGAGACAAAACCAGUCAUUUGCAGCACUGCAAAUUAUCUUAAGAGACUGCUACGAUCGUAACCAACUUGUCGAUUUAGAUGAUUACGGUCCAAGGCUAGUCGCCUCUUUAUUAAGGUUGUAUAUUUAUCAACUGCCAAUUCCGAUAUUGAGCAGUUCAAUGGUGGAGAGAUUCAACAACAUCAGCGAUUCGCCUCUUCAUAUUCACGCUAUGAACAUGUUCAGAAGCCUCACUAACGAGAGUCAAAUCCUGCUGGCAGAUUUGAUCGACUUGUUAUCAUAUCUGGUUCUGCCCUCAGGACCAGGAACAUCGCGACCCAAUAAUACACCAGGUUCGCUCGCUGCCUGUAUUGGCCCCAGUCUUUUGGGAAACACUAAUGGUGACAGUACCAAUAUAGCAAGCAGUGUUCGGUUUAUUAAGACUCUUGUAGAGUGCUGGUCGCAAAUUAGCAUUCAAGUACGUCCAGAGACAGCUCUUUUGGCUCGAAGAGCAAGCAUCAUGGAUGCACCCAGUUCACCACAAAAAAAGCUUUCCAAGCGAUUCACUCAGUCGGUGUCAUCCUUGUCAUCAGCCUCUUCAGGUGAGAAUAAUGUAUCGCUACCUAUGACCAGAAUCCGUACAUUCCCUACCGAGCUUGACUUUCAAAACAACACGCUAUUCGAUAGUACUAUUGAGAUCCGUCAAGAUAGCCGGUCCUCAUCUAUGUCAUCCGAUGUUUCAACAGCCUCAUCAAGUCGGUCAACGUCGUCAUCGUCAUCCUCAGAUGGUAACCUAGUCGAGACAUUGCCUAACAUCCCACCUCCACCACCCAUUCCACGAAAGCUCAAGCUUCAACUCACAUGUCGUAAUGGUACCAACUCAACAAACCCGACAUCAACAGGUCUUAUCCUACAACCGUCUAACAAAUCAAAUACUGUAUCUACGAAAUCACCCACCGUACCGUAUAUGGCCAAACCAAUUCCCGUUCCAGCACCUGCUUCACCUACUGAUACGUCAAAUACCAGCACCAAACGCAGUGGACCUCGUCCCAGAGCAGUAGUUCGUCGUGGGAAAAUGGUCGCGGAACUUGCUAAACUCUACGAAGAAAAGUGCAAUACAGCCGAGAUUCUCGUCAAACUCGACAGUAACCGCAACAAAGCCAUCUAA